AAUGGAUAUUUUUCUUUCUUUAGUACGUUUAGUACAUAUUUUCCCGAAACUACCGGCUAAAGGCGGGAAAAGGACUGUAGCGCUAGCUAGUGUGUAUACUGGUAGAGUGAGAGACAGAGAGAGAAAGAAAGAAGGGAAAGGAUUAGAUAGAGAGAAGGUCCGAAGAAAAACAAGACUAUUGGCAAGGGCGGCUUCCUUUAGGAAUAAAGGACACAGAAAAGAAAGUUCAGGCCGCCCUGUUAUGCCAGUCGGACGUAUUAUGGCAAAUUCCACAUUGCAUCCGUACAUGGGAUUUGUGGCCGAUUGGUUAGAUACUGUGCGAUUUUUGGAAGACAAUAAAGAAAGGUUAAUCCUUUACGUUAUCCUUGCUUUAUUUGCUGCCAUCAUAGUUCUCCUCUUAACCCUUCUCAUCCGUCUUAGCCGCCAAAAGAAACGUUAUAAAAGAAAACUUGGGCGAAAUCGGUUUUUUAAACCGUCAACAGUUAGAAGAUCACCAUCACCGUUUUUCUACGACCCAAUUACUCAUUAUCAAAGUGCGGAUAAUGUAGAUAUCAAUAUUUUACCACCCAGCAGGAAUGGUUCAAAUCAUAAUUCUGAUCAACAACCCAUUUACUCCAGACCCUUUAGAAUAAAACCCCCCGCAGAUACGGGCGAGUUUCCACCAUCUUUAAGGCGGAAUGUUUGUUUAGUGGAUAGCAGUGGCAAUACCUCCGUUAAAGAACGUGCUGAAGUCGACAUUUCUUCGGAGAAAGAAACGAGAAGAAAGUUCAGCUAUAGUUCUUCAGAGGCAACAACGAACCGUCCGUUAUUCACCUCGUCGCCAUUACCAUCCUCCUCGUCAAACUCGUCACCUCCAGCCGCUGUUCACCGUCUCGGACCAAGAGGCGGGUCCAGGACUUUUGAUAACUACUAUAGAGUUAAGCGGUCUCCCUAA